UUCGUGUCGUCACACGGGGGCGGGGCCUUCACUCUGCUGCCUGCAGACUGUUGUUGUUCAGUCCGACACGAAGCUAACGGCUAGCAGCUAACAGCUAACACAGACGGUGAAGAUGUCGUCAGACCGACACACGGAGAAACGCUCGCACCGUUAACCUCUCACCUGCUCCUCUUAGUUAUCUCGGGUUCGCUGUGAUUAACCCGGUGCGCUCUGAUUAACCCGGGUUAGCUGUCCCGCUCCAGAGUUUAUGUCCUCGGUGUUGUGGAGGAGGACGGGCUAGCUCCGCUUAGCUCCGUUAGCAUGUUCCAGCUAAUGGGCCAGUGUUAUUAAUGUUAGCCUCGCUAGCCGGGCUCCGGCUGUUAGCUUCUGGUUAAUUUAUUUUUGUAGAAGUAGCAGGUUAGCCCGGAAGCUAACUUCUCUUUAUUUAACUCAGUUAGCUGCAUGUUGUUGUGGAUACUUAACCUGUUAGCUUGUGUGUCGGUAUUUAACUCAUAUCCCGUAUCAUGUAUCGCUGUGUUCACACCACACAGCUCGUUCCCGCAGCGAGCUGCUGCUAUGAAGCUUCAGUUGUUUUAGCUAACAGAGCUAACGUUAGAUGUUAGCCAGCGGGAGUCAGUUGUCUUUGUUUCCAUCGGCAGCAGAUGGUUUAUGAUGUGAGAGCGGGUUAGCUCUGUUAGAUUAGUUAGCAGGCAGAUCAGUGUUUUACUGUGAGUGUAGCAGAUGCUAAGCUAACAGAUAACUCAGUAACACGGGUUUCAGAUCAGUCGUCAGUGUAUUAGUUUUAUUUACUGUGUGGCUGACAUGCAGCUGUCAGUUUACUGACCUUCAUCAUCAUCAUUAAUGAGCCCGGCAGGAGGGAACAUCCGGGUCAUUAUGGCCCUCAGAUCAGCGUAUAUCCUCUACCUGUUCACACUGUCAGGGUGCAUUGCUGCCUCUCAGAGGAACGACAAUGUCUAUGUAUCAGGAAUUUCUAAUGCCUGCAGCGACAUGGCCGAGCUCCUCAGGGCGUCCAGUGGUAUCAUCACCACUCCUGGUUGGCCGUUCCAGUAUCCGUCCAGACUGAACUGCAGCUGGAACAUCAGAGCUCGACCUGGAGACACCAUCACCAUCAGUUUCCAGGACUUUGAUCUGCAGGGUUCUCACCGCUGUUCCUCAGACUGGAUGUCCAUCAGCAGCUACAGGAGUCUUGAUGGACUCCGGGUCUGUGGGUCCUCUCUGCCGCCGCCCUACAUCUCCGCCCAGGACCAUGUCUGGAUCCACUUCCACUCUGAUGACAGUCUGGCAGGGAAAGGCUUCAGACUGUCCUAUAUCACCGGUAAGCCAGAGGCGUCCAGCUGUGAUGUGGACCAGUUCCACUGCUCCAACGGGAAGUGCAUCCCGGACUGGUGGCGCUGUAACUCCAUGGAUGAGUGUGGAGACAACUCAGACGAAGAGCUGUGUGUGGACUCCCCCUUCUCAUUCCAGCCCUGCAGCCUGAACCAGUUCCCCUGCCUGUCCCGCUACACUCGCAUCUACACCUGCCUGCCACACAGCCUGCGCUGCGACGGCAGCAUCGACUGCCAGGACCUCGGUGAUGAGAUCGACUGUGACGUUCCGACCUGUGGAGAGUGGCUGAGGAACUUCUACGGCUCCUUCAGUUCUCCAAAUUAUCCCGACUUCUACCCACCAGGAAGUAACUGCACCUGGCUCAUCGACACCGGAGACCACAGGAAGGUCAUCCUGAGGUUCACAGACUUUAAACUUGAUGGGACUGGGUACGGGGACUAUGUGAAGGUCUACGACGGUCUGGAGGAGAACCCUCGUCGUCUGCUCCGGGUCCUGACCGCCUUCGACUCCAGAGCGCCGGUCGCUGUGGUGUCGUCGUCCGGUCAGCUCCGAGUUCACUUCUACGCCGACAAGAUCAAUGCCGCCCGAGGCUUCAACGUCACCUACCAGGUGGAUGGGUUCUGCCUUCCCUGGGAGGUUCCUUGUGGGGGGAACUGGGGCUGUUUCACUGAGCAGCAGCGCUGUGACGGGUACUGGCACUGUCCCAACGGUCGGGACGAGCUGAACUGUUCUUCGUGUCAGGAGGACGAGUUCCCGUGUUCCAGGAACGGAGCGUGUUACCCUCGAUCGGACCGCUGCAACUACCAGAACCGCUGCCCCAAUGGGUCAGACGAGAAGAACUGCUUCUUCUGCCAGCCGGGAAACUUCCACUGCAAGAAUAACCGCUGUGUGUUUGAGUCGUGGGUUUGCGACGCUCAGGACGACUGUGGUGACGGCAGCGACGAGGAGAGCUGUCCGGUCAUUGUCCCCACCAGAGUCAUCACCGCUGCCGUCAUCGGCAGCCUGAUCUGUGGCCUCCUGCUCGUCAUUGCCCUUGGCUGCACCUGUAAACUCUACUCGCUGCGCAUGUUUGAGCGCAGGUCUUUUGAGACACAGCUGUCCAGAGUGGAAGCGGAGCUGCUGAGGAGGGAAGCCCCACCCUCUUAUGGUCAGUUGAUCGCCCAGGGACUGAUCCCACCUGUGGAGGAUUUCCCAGUGUGCUCUGGGAGCCAGGCAUCCGUCCUAGAAAAUCUCCGCCUGGCUGUUCGCUCUCAGCUCGGCUUCACCUCCCUCAGACUCCCGUCCUCCAGUCGUCAUAGCAACCUGUGGCGCCGGCUCUUCACCUUCUCACGGUCUCGGCGGUCGGGUUCUUUGGCUCUGGUCUCUGCCGAUCUGGAGGACAGCGCCGGCACCGGGAGCACCGGGAGUUCUGGUUCGGACCUGCUGUCUCCGGACUCGGAUGAUACGGACACAGAGGGUGAGCGAGGGAGGGAGCGAGGCGCAGGCGCGGUGGGCGGGCCCGUCGCCCCCCUCCCCCAUAAAACUCCGCCCCCUGCUGCCGUUGAGGCUGUAGUAUCCGUGACGACGUCAGCAGCCCCUGAAACUCCAGCACCAGGCCGAGAUCGAUGCCGCGACCAGCCCAGAGAGGUCCUGUCCCCCUCCAGUCCCAUCACCAUGGCAGCGUCCAACCCAGACCCUGAGUGUCACAGCAACGCCUCGGAGCUCCAGGCCCCGCCCACCUCCGCGCUGCACCGUCUGGCCCAGAACCUGCACCGUCUUGCCAGGAACCUGACCAGAGCCGGUCAAAACCAGCAGAACCAGAUCUGGACCAAUCACAGCCCGCUCCACCAGCUGGAGACAGGAAGAGGCGGGCCCGAUGCUGUUGAGCACCGCGGGAGCAGAGAAGAAGAAGAAGACGUGGAGCUCCUGAUCCCUGUGUCCGACUCCGACUCCUCUUCCUCAUUGGUCAGCGACGUCCAACAACCGCUCCUGGAGCCACACCCCUCUUCCACUGCAGGCCACGCCCCUCGUCAUCACAGAGGAAACGGCAUUCGCGGAGGGCGGGACGGCCCCUGCGAACACUGUGGGAUGGUCCACACGGCGCAGAUCCCUGACAUCUGUUUGGAGGCCACAGGCAAGACGGAAAGCAGCGACGACGAGCUGCUGCUGCUCUGCUAACAGGCUAACCUGCAGGGCUAACAUGCUAACUGACACACUACCAAUACUACCCCCAUCUAACAGCUAAAGUUAGCUAACAUGUUCACUGACACACUACCAAUACCACCCCCACCUAACAGCUAAAGUUAGCUAACAUGUUCACUGACACACUACCAAUACCACCCCCACCUAACAGCUAAAGUUAGCUAACAUGCUAACUGACACACUACCAAUACCAACCCCACCCAACAGCUAAAGUUAGCUAACAUGCUAACUGACACACUACCAAUACCACCCCCACCCAACAGUUAAAGUUAGCUAACAUGCUAGCUGACCUGGCUAAUACUGCUAACACUACCCUUCCUACACCCACAGUACGCCAACAUGAUAACUGACUGGCUUACAGUAACAUUACCUUGUCCCUACGUUUCAAAUGUUACACAGCUAGCCAACAUGCUAACACUUCAGACUGGACGUCAGCUAGUUAUAAUCUAACACCUGUUAGGAUGUUAGUUGUUAGUGCAGGUUUCCGCCCGCAGUGUUUUAAGAGACAAUCCGACCAAUCAGAGACUGAGGGGAGUGAUGUCACUGAUUGGAUUCUGAUGUUUCUAUGAUAACUCUCCUUUGUUGUUGCUCCGGUCCGUCCGUUAAAAUGCUCCCCCUCUCUCUGCAGGCAGACGUCCUGCUCGUAGGUACAACUUCCUGAACACUGACCUCCUGGUACGACUGUAAACGGACAGAACAAACUGAAGGUUCCCUCCAUUGCUAAACUCUGAACUGUGGUUGUCGGGAGUUCUAGUCCAGUGUGACACUUUAAAUGGUCCCCCGUUUCCCCUUGCUGGUCUGUUACAGGAAGUGAUGAGAGAGACGAAGGUCAUGUGACCAGUGGAGGUAGCCACAGAUAACUGUUCAUCAAAGAUUUUUUCUUCCUGAGCUUUUAUUCGUUUUCACCUGGAGAUCAGUGGACACACCUGUCCUCUGUCCUCUGUCCUCUGUUGUAAACCUGCGACACAUAAACAUCACACUCUUUAGAUUAUUGUGUUCAGUUCCCUGUGAAGCUUGGUAAAAUCAGAUCAGUAAUAUGAGUCAUAGAGUGUGAGGUCAUUACAGUAACACACCUGCAGAUACUUGUCAUCACCUUCCUGCUGACAGGUCCUCACCUGGUUAUUGAUCAGCUAUGAUCAAUCAUAAUGAUCCAGUUUGUGUUUGUGUGUUGAUAUUGAAAAUGAAGCACAACAUCAGAAUCAUAGAGGUUUGAUGUCACAGCUAUCUGAGCUGCCUCCACUGCUCACCUGACCCUCUGACCUGACCCUCUCACCUGUUGACCUUGGAGACUCCUCUGUGCUGCUUGUCCCUGCUCGUCGUCUCGCAGGUGGCUGUGAUUCUGAGCAUGGCUCAGGUUCCUGUCCAGUGUUUGAUGUUUCUACGUGUUGAGUUCUUAGACCGGUUCUAAAGGGACCGGGCUGUCAGAGCAGGUCCAGAGUGGAUCCAGAGCUCUGAUGAUCUGAUGAUCGUACAGUAACCCAGAUUGCUCCUCUAAAACUUUACAGAUAUGAUAAAAAGUCUUUCUAUGUGUCUGAAAGGUCAAAGGUCACGACUAGUGUUUACAUUUAUUAUUCAACAUAAAUGAGUCAGACUGUGGAAGAGACUCUGGAUCAGGAUCUGAUGUUCCUUCCUCCUCCCCCCUCAGACUGAAGCCAUUCAAACUGACCCGUCUGUAUUUAUGAUCUUUGUUACAGUUUUUGGUACUCAGAUCUCAGCUGACCUCGUGUGAGUGUGACUGUGUAUAUUUAUUAUUAUUAUUAUUAUUAUUAUUAAUAUGACUGUGGUUCUCAUUGUGUUAAUUUGUUGUGUAGCUGUUUUUCUGACCUGCAUGAUUCCAGUUGUUUGGUGUUAGUUUUUCUUUGAGUCUGUAAAGUUAAACCUGUUAAACUGCACUAAAGAUUAAAGGUUCACAUUUCA